AUGGCGUCUUUUUCGCUAAGGCUCUAUCGCAUUUACACAGAGGAAAAGUCUGGAGUAGAUGUGGUGCCAGUGUUUAUCUCUGUGGAUCCUGAAAGAGACACAGUUGAGCAAGUACAUGAAUAUGUCAAAGAGCUUCAUCCUAAAUUGGUUGGGUUAACGGGAAGCCCUGAAGAAAUCAAAUCGGUGGCCCGUUCUUACAGGGUUUACUACAUGAAGACAGAAGAGGAAGAUUCAGACUAUCUCGUUGAUCACUCUAUCGUCAUGUACUUGAUGAGUCCAGAGAUGAGUUUUGUGAAAUUCUACGGUAAGAAUCAUGAUGUUGCCUCGUUGACCGACGGCGUUGUAAAAGAGAUUCGACAGUACAGGAAGUGAAGAGCCUGCGAAGGAGAAGAGUGAUUAGUUACCAUUUUUGGAUUUGUUGGUCAUCAUUAAAGCGAUAUGAUUAAGUAGUC